AUGCAGCCCAUCACUCCUGCAAACCUCAUCCUCCUCGUUUCGGCCCCCCUCGCCCUGGCGAACCCGGUCGGUGAGGCAGCCUCCGCCAUCUUCGAUAGGCAAAUCAACUGUUUCAAGGCCAACUGCGGUGACUCUGGCGAAUGCGCCGGCAGUUGGUGCUGCGUUCCUUGGGAGGCAGCUGAUGGCCCUGCUUGCAAGUGCGCUCCUCCUGGCGACACCAAGUUCUGUUAA